GUUUAAAAAGGGAUCAUAAAAUCCAGAAUAUAGUGUGAACUAAAGUUCAAAAAUGGCUUCUUUGCCUAGUUAUUCUCUGUGCUUCCUCUUCGUCUUCUCGACGCUAUUUGUUACCCUCGACGGGGCUUUCUACCGGGACGUCACCGGAGCCGUGCCGGCGAAGAGGGUGAAGAAGACGAGCCACUUCCAUUUCUACUUCCACGACGUUACAUCCGGGCGAAACGCCUCGGCCAAGAUAAUUGCGCCGCCGUCGGCGGGGCUCUACGACUUCGGGACCACUUUCAUGUUCGACGACGCUCUGACGGAGAGCCCUGACCGGAGAUCGAAGGUGGUGGGGAGAGCGCAGGGGAUGUACGCCGUGACGGCGCAGAAGGAGCUGGACUUGUUGGUGGUCGCCAAUUUUGCGUUCACGGAAGGUAAGUAUAAUGGGAGUAGCAUCGCCGUUGUGGGGAGGAAUCCGGUGGCUAACGACGUUAGAGAAAUGCCGGUGGUUGGUGGUAGCGGCGUUUUCCGGUUCGCCCAAGGCUACGCCUUGGCGCACAGCUUCUCGUUUGAUCGGAAGACCGGAAAUGCCGUAGUGGAGUAUAAUGUGUUUGUCCAACAUUAUUUCUGAUGCCUAUCAUAUCAUAUAUCCAUCACUUUAAUUCCUUCAUAUUUUGAUAUCUUAUUAUUAUUAUUUUUUUGUGUUUAAUGGUCUGGAUCUACCUGACUGAUCUACGCUCACUCCAAAGAGCUAGUCCUAGGGAAAUUGUUACUUGUGUGAAUUAAAAAUCGGGUUAUUCAAAAAUUCUUACUAUUUUAUUGUGGGAUAUCUUACUAUAUAUUCUUAUUCAUCAAUAACAUAAAACCAUGAUGCAAAUAUAU